GUGAAGGGCGAGCCCUUGUUUCCUGUGGAAGCCGGUUCCGGCACUUAGAGGCUUUCUGGCGCGCCCUGGGCCCAGGAGGCCUUAAGGUUUUCUUUUUUGCAAGAUGGAGAUGAGCUAUACUCAUACCUUCGGCUUAUUGUGUGGCUUAAAAUGACAUGAUGGUGAAUGGUACAGAACUGCUCAAUAAAUACAUAUUUCCUUCCCUGGAUUUAAGCUGUAAAGAUGUCUGACAAAACCCAGAUAGCUGCUAGAGCUUCCCUUAUUGAACAACUGAUGUCUCAAAGGAAUUUUGAGGAUCUUGGCAACCACCUUACUGAGCUAGAAAUGUUUUAUGUGACUAAGGCACAUCUCCAAGAGACAGAUGUGGUCAGAGCUGUGUAUCGAGUCCUCAAAAACUGCCCCUCAGUGGCUUUGAAAAAGAAAGCCAAGUGUUUGCUGUCAAAGUGGAAAGCUCUUUAUAAGAAUAUAUACGUUAAACCAAGGGAAAGCCCUAAAUCAGUCCAUUCGGAUGGUAAUAAAGAAGAACAUGCAGGACUUUCUCAAGACCUGAACCAUAAGAUCUUAAGUCUCUGUAGUUCUAACUCUCUGCUAUCAUCUCAAGCAGUUGUAAACUCCACUGCAAUAAUUGUGCCUGAAAAUAGUGCUGCUCAAAUGGAAGCUAAAGAAGAACAUUUCAGAACUGGUGGCUCUAAAUCCAUUGGGCAGAAAUCAAAUGGGUUGCAGGAUCCAACAAUGUCCAUGAGAACUAAAUGUGUAGAGCUCCUUUACACAGCUUUAACUAGUUCUUCCACAGAUCAUCCCAAAGAUGAUUUGUGGCAAAAAUUUGCAAGAGAAAUUGAAGAGCAUAUUUUUGCCCUCUAUUCAAAGAACAUCAAAAAAUACAAAACCUGUGUCAGAAGCAAAGUUGCCAACUUGAAGAACCCCAAAAAUGUUCACUUACAACAAAAUUUGCUGUCUGGUACCAUGUCUGCAAAACAGUUUGCUGAAAUGACUGUCAUGGAGAUGGCAAACCAGGAACUGAAACAGCUCAGGGCUUCCUACACGGAAUCCUGUAUCCAGGAUCAUUACCUUCCCCAAGCGAUUGAUGGCACACAGACAAAUAAAAUAAAAUGCAGACGCUGUGAGAACUACAACUGCAAGGUCACCGUCAUUGCCAGAGGAACCCUUUUCCUUCCAAGCUGGGUGCGAAGUUCGAACCCAGAUGAAGAGAUGAUGACUUAUGCUAUUUGUAAUGAAUGUGGGGAACAGUGGUACCAUAGCAAGUGGGUGUGUUUGUGAUCAUAUAUGAAUAUUUCCUUAACAGAUACCCC